GACUCUUUUCGGUGUUUGUUAAAGCCGAUUGUAUUGGAUAUACUCAUAGUCCACCACCACUUCCUCAGCGCCGCCUCUCAUCCUCGUUCUCACUCUUCCAAUGGAGCCCCCAUUCAAGUCCCCAGCGCCGGAGACCCUUUUCCGCCUUCUCUGUCCGGCAUCCAAGACCGGCGUUCUCAUCGGCAAGGGCGGCUCCUUCAUCCGCCACAUCCGCGACCUCACCGGCGCUAGAAUUCGUGUCGAUGACUCCCAUACCUCCUCCGACGAGCGAGUUAUCAUUAUCACCGCCGACUCCACUCCGCCCCGCCCGAAAUUCGAUUACCCGGACAGCAAGCGGAGCAACAGUUCUAGCCCUAGCGUUGGCUCCGAUGGAGACAGCUCGCCGGCUCAGCUGGCGCUCAUCAAGGUCCUCGAGAAGAUGGUCAUGCCCGAAGACGAGAGAUGGGAGGAGAGCGAGAAGGAGAGAGGGGGCAACGAAGCUGGCGAUGGGAGCGGUUCUGGGUACGUGGCGUGUAGGUUGUUGGCGGCUAGUAGUCAGGUUGGGUGUGUGCUUGGGCGAGGCGGAAAGAUUGUGGAGAAGAUAAGGCAGGAGAGUGGGGCUCAGGUUAGAGUUUUACCCAAAGAUCAGAUUCCGGCUUGCGCUGCACCCGGCGAUGAAUUAAUUCAAAUAACAGGGAACAUUUCUGCUGUAAAGAAAGCACUUCUAUCUGUUUCAGGUUGCCUUCAGGAUAAGCCUAGGGUGGAUGCAACCAACUAUGGUGGCGCCAAAAUUUCAGGGAGAAUGCAUCAUGGAAAUGGGCCUGAAAAUAUGGGGUCUGGUCACAGAAUGGUUAUAGAAGAGGAGUUGGUGUUUAAGUUGUUAUGCCAAGUUGAUAAGGUUGGUAGUUUGAUAGGGAAAGGUGGUUCUGUAAUUCGACAUUUGCAAAAUGAAACUGGUGCAUACAUCAAGAUAGCUGAUGCUCCACCUGAUUCAGAUGAGCGGGUUGUUAUGAUAUCUGCACGGGAGAAUUCAGAGCAAAAACAUUCCCCUGCACAGGAAGCUGUUAUACGUGUGCAUUCUCGAAUUGCAGAAAUUGGAUUUGAACCUGGUGCUGCAGUAGUUGCUAGGCUUCUUGUGCAUUCGCAACAGAUAGGUUGUUUAUUGGGUAAAGGAGGUUUCAUCAUUUCUGAAAUGAGAAGAGCUACUGGUGCUAGUAUUCGCAUAUUUACAAAGGACCAAGUCCCAAAAUGUGCCUCACAGAAUGAUGAAGUUGUGCAGGUUAUUGGAAGCUUUCAGUGUGUACAGGAUGCCUUAUUUCACAUUACAAGUAGACUUCGGGAAACGAUUAUUCCAUUGAAGCCACCCCAUCCAAAUUUUGAUGCCCCACCGUACUUGUCUCCGUACUCUGAAAUGCCACCUCCCAUGUUCAGGCCUAGACACAACCCAGCCUCACCAGGUCCAUGUCCUUCUCCUGUUGGGCCUCCUCAUGGAAUUGAUCGAUCUUCUGUUCCAUCUCAACCACUUGAUCACCAGCAUGCAUUUUUACAUGGCAUGGAUCACAAUGUUCCUUCUCCAAUGGACCGAGUUCCCUAUCAAUAUGGAAAUGAACGCCAUGGACAGGGCCGAGCAUUUGAUAGACCAUCUUCUCCAAGAAUGUGGAAUUCUCAGGGUGUUAACAGUGGAAAUCCUAGGGGAAUUGAUAAUAAUCCAAACUUCCAUGCAAGAAAUGGGUCCUUUGGAAGUGAAAAUCCUAGGGGAAUUGAUAAUAAUGCAAACUUCCAUGCAAGAAAUGGGCCCUUGGGAAGUGAAAAUCAAGCGCAGCAUUUAGCUACUGCAAAUGUUGAGAUCACAAUUCCUCAAAAGUUGUUAACCCAUGUUUAUGGAGAUAACAACAGUAACAUUACACAGAUCCGGCAGAUCUCAGGUGCUCAGGUGGUGAUAAAUGAUUUGAAACCUGGAGCCACGGAAGGGCUGGUUACAGUGUCUGGAAAUCCUAGUCAAAUAUCUAGUGCUCAAUGCCUUAUUCAUGCUUUCAUCCUUUGUGGGCAGACGCCAGGUUGACAAUGUGUUUCACUAACUACUCGUAUGCUUAAAUCAAAAGAAAGAAAACAUAGUGACUAGCCAUGGGAAAAGGCCAUUCCCAAAUGUGAAUAUCCAUAUUUGUUUCUUGCAAAGUGUAGAGUAGACAUUGGGGUUUUUGCUUGUAAUGUAGUAACUAGUUUUUUGUAUUCGGAGUUAUUAUUUAUAUGGUAGUUAGUAGUCUAGUGCUAGACAUUUUACUGGAGCUCCAGAAAUUGACUAAUGCACAAACACAGACAGGUGAUACCCUAUCUCUCAUCUUCUUUUGAAUUUUUAGAAAUAAGAGCAACAUAAUAAACUGAAGGAGAUAAUACUCUUUGCUGCAUUGCCUAUUGAAAGUUCUGUACAGACUCAUUCACCCAUCGAGGAAGGUUCUUUCAUUACAUUACAACAUAUCGAGUUUAGCCAUGAAUGCAGCUCUGUUUUUGCCUCGAUAUCUUCCAGUUGCUGGCAUGGCAUUGGCAGCCAUGAUUUUCUUUAUUGAAGAGUGCUCUGUAAACUCCACUAAUGUUUAAAUUCGGGCAGCGAAAGCUUUCCAUUCUGGCAUGCUCAUGGUUCUUGCCCUCUUCUACUGUUUAGCGUGCAUGAAUUCAUGCUUUAGAUGAACAGAUGAGCUCCUUCCUUUAGGUAUUCUUCAAGUUCAUUUUCUAAACCAUUUGGACAAUCUCUGCAAUUUUGCUUUGCAUAAUUUUUUUUUGCUCUGAACUUGUUUUUUAGCUUUGCAUAAUAUUGCUAAGCACAAUAGACGAAAAGUCGAAUAAGUUAAGCAAAACAGAUUCUUUUAAUCAUUGUUGUUAUAGCCAAGUAUCUUACUUAAAUAUUAGUAAAUGUAGAUGAUUAAACCAAUAUACCGAUUAUCUUGUUU